GGUGAUGUGGCAUAUUUGUCCGAAACUGAAAUGACCACUUUUGUUGAUCCUAUGCAUUCUCCUUUUAGGUAGAGGCUUUUGUUGAUCCAAUCAAUAUCCAUGCGUGACAUCAUGUACCUGGUUGUGGUUCUAUUGUAUAGAUUCUGUUCCGGUGAGUAGCUUGUUAGUAGUUUGAAGGUGACUAAGUUAUGGGGCAUAGACAUCCGUUCAGCACAUCUCAAAUUUUUGAGAGUGAAAAUGAUCCGAAUUGGAACCAUAUGAACACCGAACACCCAUUUGGACAUCUGGCUAGGACUGGGGCAGGAGAGAACGGUUCUUUGUUUUAUCCAGUGGAAAAUAUGUUUACCGAUGGAAUGCACUUUCCUUCAAAUUGGAACCCACCUAUGAGGUCAUAUGGGUAUUCUUCCUUGAGCCACAAUGUUGAUAUGCCUCCUCAAUAUCAACAGGAUGCUUCUGGUCCAUCUCAUGAUCCUUUUCAACAUCAACCAAGUGCUGGUACUUUUGGUAUGGCCAAUGGAAACUAUGCUCACCAUCCGUCCUCGUCCAGUUAUGACCGUCGAGCAGUCCAUGGUGUUGAGGGUGGUUUUGUUGAUCUCACAAUGAGCAACGGAAGAGGGUUGCACAAGCGAAAAAGUCCUGGGAUCCCUUCUGUAGCAGAGAGAGGCAGCACAAGCAGAUACUAUGGUGCUGGAAGUUCCUCUGAUGUCUCUAGAUCUGCAGAAUUACAGCAGGACAAAGUAAACAUGGAUACCCCACACAUGCCAUGGGAUCACAUGACUAUGAUCCACCCCAGUUAUAGAGGAAACGACCCCUCAAGUAGAGGUGAGGGAUCUAUGAGAAAUGUGAGAAGCCGCUCAGAACAUGAUUUGGAGUCCAACCUAGCAAGGACACAUCUAUCGAACAAUCCUAUACAUAGUUCUUAUUCUGCUAAUUUCCCUAUUGAUAACCUUGAUCUUUCAAGUCAGAGUUCCAAUGUUUUGGCCCAUGAAUGGAACCAUAUUAGCAUAUCGCCUCCUCAUGGAAGGAUUUUACCUUCAGAUACAGGUGGUUUCAGUCAUGAUCCCAACCACUUUCUUGUAGGCAGCGGUAUAAUUAAUGGUUCUUCCGAAGCUGGUGUAUACCAUCAUGAUUUUAUUCCAACCAGAGGUGCUGCUGUUCCUCCAAGUUAUCCUGGUGCUUUACCCCAUCCUGUAAGGGGAGUUCGCAGUAACUAUUCUCAAAGAUCUAACCCAACCUUGAGGGGUUCUUCAAGCAGCAUGAGGUUUGGGCCUGGGACACAUUCAGAUGAAGGAUUGCAUCUGGUAUCUGAGAGUUACCCAAGACAUCAUAGGCCAGUGCCUCCAGUUGGGUGGCGUAACAGUGACAGGAAUGGUAGAUCAAGGAUGUCUAAUGAUAGAUAUCGAGUCUCUGACGAGACUAGUCUCCAUGAUCGGUUUUCAUCUGAGGGCUUUAUGAUUGCUGAUCGGCCAGCCUUUUAUGGUUCCAGGAGUAUGCUCGAUCAUCAUAGAGACUUGAGACUAGACAUAGACAACAUGAGUUAUGAGGAACUACUUGCAUUGGGGGAAAGGAUUGGGCAUGUCAACACAGGUGUAUCUGAAGAUCUAAUACCAAAGUGUUUGACAGAAACGAUAUAUUGUUCUUCAGACCUAAACCAGGAGGAAGGCACAUGCGUAAUCUGUCUGGAAGAGUACGAGGACAGGGACGAUGUUGCGGCACUGAAAACUUGCGGGCAUGAUUACCAUGUGACUUGCAUCAAAAAGUGGCUGUCAAUGAAAAAUUGUUGUCCAAUCUGCAAAUGUUCUGCUCUCAUUGAUAAUACAAAGGGGAAAUAAGUUGUGGUUCACUACAUGAAAUUCUUGUAUAUAUGUUUAGGGGUAAAGAUAAUCCUUCAAUGGAGGACAGAACUUGCGUUUGUGAAGUUGUGAAGGGAAUGCUGGCCAGUUUCAGUCCAUUUAGUUCAGGCUUCCAUAAAUUUUGUGAAGCCUUUUUUCGAAUCCCAUAUUUUUGUAUGGGUAAUGCAAAGAAGAUGUGAUUUUUAUGAUGCCAUGCCUUUACCUCUUUCAUUUUCGAAACCGUAAGAGCUAGUUCAUGCCCUACGCGCUUAAGAGAUGCUUUUCAUUGGAGAUCUCUCACAGACUCGCAUUAUAUAAAAGAAAAUAAUGGGGAAAGGAAUAAGAUUCUUCAGCUUCCAUAGGCAACCCAAAACAACCAAAGAACAGAAUAAUUUCAAAAAUA